ACCCAUUAGAACCACUGGACAAGCCGGCAAGACAAAGGAAAGUAAGCAAAACCACAACAUAAACCACUGUCUCAACCGUUGUUCGACGGACAAAAUUAACCUCAAAUUUUCAUGUCUUUCAUUUCUCUCAGACUCAAACUCUCUUCUUCCAGAAUUCCCUGAAAUGAAACUCAAUCGUUUCUUAAACACAAACCCCACAGCAAACUCUUUACUACCAUUCCUUUCUUUCCCUUCAAAGACGAAAAACCAAAUUUCCUUGUUGAAAUCACCCACUUCUCUUUCCUUUUUUCAAAACCCUUUCCUUGUUUCAUCCCACUUUGCUCUUCCAAUCCUUCUACCAAUUCAGCUUCAAAGGUAUCUAACUUUGAGGCCGAUGGAUUGCCCCGAACGUCAAAAUUCAAUCUUGGAGAAGAAUCUAAUGAGAAUUACAAUGUGGGAGUUGGAAACCCAAUUGUUCCAACUUUUGUUUCGACUCAAAAUAUGAGCUUGAGUGAUCAGGCCUUCUAUCUGUUGGCCUUUAUUGCUUGUACGACUUCUGUGGCGUUUACAAGUCUGGUCAUUGCAGCUGUUCCAACACUCUAUGCAAUGGGAAGAGCUGCAAUUUCUCUCUCCAAGCUAGCAGAUACAGCUCGAGAGGAACUUCCCAGUACUAUGGCUGCAAUUAGGCUUUCAGGCAUGGAGAUCAGUGAACUUACACUGGAACUAAGUGAUUUAAGCCAAGAGAUUGCUAAUGGUGUCAACAAAUCAGCUCAAGUUGUGCAGGCCGCUGAAGCUGGAAUACGGCGGAUUGGUUCGCUUGCUCACCAGCAGACAAUGUCAAUGAUUCAAGAACGGGCUAGUUUGCCUAUCAUCUCUUUACAACCUGUUGUUACCGGGGCUGCUAGAAAAACUUCUCAUGCUGUUUGCCAAGCCACAAAGACUAUCAUGAAUAUCUUCUAUCGAGAAUUCGGCUCAGAGAACAACGAUGAGAGUGGCAUUGAUAGAUUGGAAAUGUAAGGAGUUAACUGCUUCUUGAUACUAGUGGAUAGCUGAUGUCUAUAUACAUAACAUAAAGAACCGAGGCGCCAGACCAAAGUUGUUUACUCUUCCAACAGUAUCUAUGCCCAAAAAUUUACAACCUAUUUGAUGGAAUAUGUUGUUUUUAUCUGGGCUUUACACUUUCUUCCCCCACUUUGUAUCCCACGAGUUUGUGGAUUUGUUUCCAAAGCAGGAAUGGUUUAAGUGAUGCAAAUAUGCAUUACAAUUUUGAUGAAUAGACAAUUUGAUUCAGUAAAGAAGGCUUCUCCUUUCAGUUCUCAGUUGGAAAUCUGUGCCAAAUUUAUUUUUAAGCUGUUCAGCCUCUGCCUCUUCAUGUAUCUUUCCUCCUUCCCAUUCCACUCUUCUCAACCAUGAAUUUAUAAUUCCCAAACCCAAAAUGCCAGUCCUCCAAUUCAGAGGCGUUCACCUGCUUGUUUUUAGGAGAAAUAUCCAUCUAUAAUUAAGCUAAGGCUUGGAUAGAUAUAUGUAUGGUCAAGCCAGAGUCAGCCUGCUCCAAAACUU